AUGUCAAACCAGAACUCGGAGUCGACAGAUUGCGCAGAUGAGCGCCCAGCAUGGCAGGAGGAAGGGUUCAGUUCCCAUCAAGAAUGGCAAGACUGGCGAAACGAAUAUCUGGCAACCGAUAAUGCCUACCAUACCCAGGCGGAGGACCCAUCCCCUGAUGACAGCGAUGAGGAUGAGGGCUUCGACGAGGAGUUCGUUAGCGAGCAAGACUCAGAGGAUGAAGACGACGACGACGAGGAAUCAAAAAGCGGUGAGCCUGGAAAACACGUCGAGCCCGAAGACGACAGCAGCCCCGACGAUCGUUCCGAGGCUGCAGACAACGGCGAGCCUGGAGUAGACGAUACUUCAAAUGUCGACGACACUGUGCUCACUUCUAUUUACGGCUUCGCGCACGACAAGAACAAAGACUAUGCCCUCGUUGAGCAGUCAGCCCGUGGAGCUCUCAACGCUAUAACCAUAGCUCUUCAAGACAUCAUCAACAGGAGUCAGGCACAACAAGGUAACCCACAGAGUCUUGCGAAAGAGAUCGAGAGCGCCUUUGCCACGACUUUGCCUACGUAUUUGAGCGUUCAGGCAGUGCUCCAAGGUGGACACCAAGGUGUUGGGCGGCCACCUCCCCUCAGCGCCGAUUCUUCGCAGCGUAAUCAAUCAUUGAUCGGAACCUCUGCCGCCGUGUCUGUUCCACCCUCCCCGCCUCCGCCGCCACCGUCAAGGACCAGCGGUCUCGUAUCCUCUGCCCCGCAAAGAAAUGAAGUCAGCGCUUCGCAAGGAGACGAAGACGUCAACAGCGACAAUGAGGAGGAAGUUGAAGAGAUAACAACACCACAUCCCGACUAG